CGAAAAAGUGCUGGAAAUAUUUGAGUGGACCGCUUACGAGUACUACGGACCGGUGCCGCCGUCAGAGGAACCGCCGCCACCCUUCAAGGACGUAAAAGAGGAGAAGAAACCAAGCUUGCUCAAUACCGAAACCCCUGCGGAUCGACCUGUGGCAAGUCGGUCGAAACAACUGCGGAAAAAACGAACCGUCUCUGGGAAUCCUACAGACAGCGCGAGUCAACAGGAAUCUAGUUUAUCGGAAUCUGCACACAUCAUGCAAAAGGAUGUGAACCCUGCACCUGUCCUUGUAAAAGAAGAAAGGCAGACUAUGUAUGCACCGUUAACGCAAGACGAGGUGAUGGCAAUUUUUCGUGCGCCAUUGACCAAUGCAACCUGUGUCAUUUCAUUGGAUCAAGCGAUUUUGCUGGACCCAGACGAGUAUAAGGGCACGGCAGUAGCUGGCCAUCCAAGCCCCAGUGCGCCAGACAUGGCUGUACCCGUAGCAAUGGAAUCCCCUGGCUCGAUACCUAUGCGUCCUUCCUCUGAGGUUGGCAGAGGAGCUGAGAUGACGAUGGACUCCCUGAAAGGAGAAAGUGAACUCGAGGUCGUCAAGCAUCGUCUCCUAUCAAACCUGGAAACUCAGUCGUCGUUGAAACGACAUGCAAGACUGGAUCGGUUUCGUAAAGCCCAGUUUUUCUGUGCUUUGGGCGAUUUACGGAUUCAUGAUUCCACGUCAUACCAUGAUCCUUCCUCUUCCAUGUCAUCCUAAACUAUAUACAUAUAUACCUCGAUGAACCUCUCCUGCCAUUCCGCUACCUUUUUUUUUUUUUUUUUACUAUUCUGUCUUUUUGCCCU